AUGCGAGGCGCCGAAACUGGUAACGUUCAUGGGUCAGACUAUGUUCUCGUUCGCACAGGCCUGAAAGUUUACCUCUCAUCUGCGCCUAAAAUGACAUGUGCGAAAUGUAUUGAUGUUACAAAACUUCGUGGUCAGUCCUCGACACUCUGUGACUCUGUUCGCGAAGUGAAUGGCGGCUUUACUGCUAACAGUUUGGCCAAGGUCGAUCGCUGGCGUGAUCACUUCAAGCACCUCUACAACUCCGAUGAGCAACCCAUCACACCCUUCCUCUCUUCCGUAGACGACUUUCAAUUCUCUCCAGCCUAUGCAGUGUCGUGCGAGGAAGACGACGUUGUCGAUGCAAUGCAGAGGCUAUGUAGUUACAAGGCGUCCGGAGAGGACGGUAUUCCCGCUGAAAUCUACAAGUCUUGUGUCGAAACUCUGGCUCCUUGA